UUACGCUGAAUCUUAUGUGGUGAUCACCUAGAACUUAAGAAAAUUUAAAAAAAAAUGAAUUCUGUUAGUAAGGAAGGGUAACUUUUAAUUUAUUUAUCCCGUUUUGAUGCGCCACUGUCGACGCAUGUGCCACUGAAAAGACAGAAUACAGACAGACAUAUUUCAACAGAAUACAUAUUUAUGACAGAAGCUAGAAUAGAAAAAUAGAAACUCGAAACAAAUGACAAUCGAUGAAAAGCCUUGUAUAACUAUUAGACCAUUGUGUAAAUAAACAAUGCCUAUAGGCUAGGCUAGGCCACACGCCACCCACAGCUAGGCCUCGAAAUCAACGAUCGAAAUAAGAAGUGGAAGUUUAAUACUUAUCAAAAAAUGGAAGUGAAACAAGAAAUUAGUGAAGAAACUUGUAAAGUAGAAAUAGAGUAUAAUGGGUUAGAUGAUGCCCUUUUAGACGACUUUAACUGUGAAAUUAAGGAGGAGGAGGAGGAAUCCAAUGGGCAAAGUACACAUGACACAUCUGAUUAUUUAGACUUAAAAGAAAGUCCUAUAAAAACUGAAAUAGAACAAGAUGAAAAUACUCUUAACCCAUUUGAAGAAACUAAAACAACUAAAGAAGGCUAUCUUCAUCAAAGAGAAAACAAAAUGGAAAUUAUGGAGACACUAAUUGGACAUUCAUCUUCCAAAGGCAAUUAUACGAGUCCACACGAUGAAGGAAAAACAAUAAAUCAAGAUACGAAAGUCGCGGCCGGACGAAGAUAUUACAAAUGUGAAAUUUGUUUUAAGCCGUUUACGAAAGCACAUUAUUUGAAAGGACAUUUGAGAGUGCAUACUGGAGAACAACCAUACAAGUGUGAAAUCUGUUUUAAGCAAUUUACCACAGCGCAAAUGUUGAAAUAUCAUAUAAGAACACACACUGGAGAAAAACCGUACGAGUGUGAAAUUUGUUUUAAACAGUUUAACCAAGCAGGUCAUGUGAAAAAGCAUUUGAGAGUACACACUAGUGAAACACCUUAUAAGUGUGAAAUUUGUUUUAAGCAGUUUCAGCAAAAAGGUAAUUUGAAUACACAUUUGAGAUUGCACACUGGGGAAAAACGUUAUAAGUGUGAAAUCUGUUUUAAGCAUUUUAGUGGUAAUUUGAAAAGACAUUUGAGAGUGCACACUGGAGAAACACCUUAUAAGUGUGAAAUUUGUUUUAAGCAGUUUAGUACUGCAGGUGAUUUGAAAAAACAUUUGAGAGUGCACACUGGCGAAAAACCGUACAAGUGUGAACUUUGUUUUAAGCAGUUUACGAAAGCACAUUAUUUGAAAGGACAUUUGAGAGUGCAUACUGGAGAACAACCAUACAAGUGUGAAAUCUGUUUUAAGCAAUUUACCACAGCGCAAAUGUUGAAAUAUCAUAUAAGAACACACACUGGAGAAAAACCGUACGAGUGUGAAAUUUGUUUUAAGCAGUUUCAGCAAAAAGGUAAUUUGAAUACACAUUUGAGAUUGCACACUGGGGAAAAACGUUAUAAGUGUGAAAUCUGUUUUAAGCAUUUUAGUGGUAAUUUGAAAAGACAUUUGAGAGUGCACACUGGAGAAACACCUUAUAAGUGUGAAAUUUGUUUUAAGCAGUUUAGUGCUGCAGGUGAUUUGAAAAAACAUUUGAGAGUGCACACUGGCGAAAAACCGUACAAGUGUGAACUUUGUUUUAAGCAGUUUACGACAGCACAUUAUUUGAAAGGACAUUUGGGAGUGCAUACUGGAGAACAACCAUACAAGUGUGAAAUCUGUUUUAAGCAAUUUACCACAGCGCAAACGUUAAAAUAUCAUAUAAGAACACACACUGGAGAAAAACCGUACAAGUGUGAAACUUGUUUAAAACAGUUUAUCACUGCAAGUAAUUUGAAAAAACAUUUGAGAGUGCAUACUGGAGAAAAACCUCAUCAAUGUGAAAUCUGUUUAAAGAAAUUUGCAGGUAAUUUGAAAAAACAUUUGAGAACUCACACUGGAGAAAAGCCAUACAAGUGUUAAAUUUGUGAUAAACAGUUUUUUCAUGCACAUGGUUUGAAUGUUUGAAAACACAUUUAAGAGUUCACACUGGGGAAAAACCUUACAAGUGUGAAAUUUGUUUUAAGCAGUUUUCUCAAAAAAGUAAUUUGUUAGUACACACUGAAGAAACUCCUUACAAGUGUGAGAUUUGUUUUAAGCAGUUUUCCCAGAAGCCUUAUUUGGAAAGUCAUUUCAAAGUACACGCUGGGGAAAACCCUCAUAAGUGUGAAAUUUGCUUUAAGUACUUUACUACAGUCAUUUGAAAAGACAUUGGAGAAUGCACACUUGAGAGCAACCAUACAAGUGUGAAAUCUGUUUUAACCCUCAUCUACUAUAAUCUGGGUCUGUCGGACCCAGAGAGCUCCCGGCAACCAUGUACUAUCCCCACAUUAAGUCAUUUUUGUAUGCGGCCUCGUGUAUUCUCCGCUUAUUUAGUCUGAAAUACGAUAGUGUUAAUUUAAAUAAUUUAAAAUAAUGCAUAACUUUUGUUUGGAACUAGCGACUUCUAUAGACGUAGCUGGGUGUAUUAGACCCACUUAUAGCAAUUACGUGAUUUUUACAUAAUUAUUGUAUUUAAGGUAAAUAUUAUUUUACAUCAGGUUAAUUUAGGCCCGGUCUUUUCACCUCCGAAUAAAAGUUAUUCGGAGGUUUUUUGGACAGAUUUACAUGUAAUCUGCCGAUAAACUUCCUAUAAAUAGUUAUUCGGAGGUGAAAAGACCGGGCCUUAGUAUAUCCUAAUUUAUUUUAUUUGAAAUUGUUUUUUGUCGUUUUUUUUUAAGUAAUAUAAUAUUGUAUUUUCUUCUUUUCAAUUUAAAAAGGCUCGAAAUAAACCUCUUACCGUCGAAGAUAUUGAUGCUUUACUUCAAAGUGAGUAUUUUUGGAUAGACGAUCCGGAAAAUGAUGCGUAAACUUCGGCAUCGUCUUCAACAAAUGUUUUAGUGAGCGCUGAGGAGAUACAAGCAGGAGCCAAUAUCAUCCAAAUAGCCGAUGGCAGCGAUUAACCCUCUCAGUACCUCUUUUUUUUUUCAGCGAACGAAAAAAUAUUUUUUCUACGGCCGUGCCUAAACAGCCACUUUCCCGCAAGCAUUUUGUUUCCGAAAGUUAUACUUUCCCGCGCUAGUGCGGGAAAGUAGAUUACCUUGUAAUAUGGCAUUAUAAUAUAUGCAAUAAACUAAUAUUUAGAUAUUA